UAGUUUCACAUAAUUUGGAGCCUUUUCUUUCACAUUUGUUCAGCUUGAAACAUCAGUGGAGGAGGAGAGUACUAUUAUUUCACAACACUCCCCACAAUCUACACCUUACUUCUAACUCCUAUCUAAUCUCACUGUUUAACCAAACAAGGCGAAGCCUCACUUUCCCACUUCUCACUCACUCUCCAUUGUUUUUUUUUUUUGUUGAUCUCAAUGUCUGUCUUCUGGGGCUGACAAAAUGCCACAAACUUGAACAAAGAUCCGAGCUUGCAUAACUGUGUGUUGCCCCACAAGCAAAGGUGCAUUCAUUUUGUGGUUCAAGUUUUCAAAAAUAUUAUCUUAUUGGGUUAUCAACUACAAGGACAAAACAACUGGCUGAUUCCAGCUGUUUUAUGUCUGCAUCAGUACCAAAAAUCUUCUGGCCAGAGCAAUUCUUUUAUGAUGGUGUCCUGUUUUGCCAAUCCAAGCGUGUUGAUAUCUUAUAUGUUUAUUCAUUGAGGAGGAAAAUCUUGAAGAUUUAUUGCAGUUAUUUUAUUUUUGUAGUCUGUGAUUGCUUUUGAUAUAGCAAAUGGCUGUUCUUACACCUGUAAGUUCAUGUGUUGAAUCAAAGUAUCAUGCUCUAGCUCCAUUGAGGAUUUUAAGGGGUCUGGUGUGUCUACUGGUGCUGUUCUCAACAGCAUUUGUAAUGUUAGUGUACUUUGGCUUUAUAAGUGCCGUUAUAGUGCGACUUUUUAGCGUCAGUUACAGCAGGAGAGCAACUUCCUUCUUCUUUGGUGCUUGGCUAGCCUUGUGGCCUUUUCUAUUUGAAAAGAUCAACAAGACUAAAGUUGUGUUUUCUGGAGAUAUUGUUCCUUCAAGAGAACGGAUCUUACUGAUUGCAAAUCAUAGAACUGAGGUUGACUGGAUGUAUUUAUGGGACCUUGCCUUGAGGAAGGGAUGCCUUGGAUACAUAAAAUAUAUACUUAAGAGUAGCUUGAUGAGACUUCCAAUUUUUGGUUGGUCAUUUCACAUACUAGAGUUCAUCCCGGUGGAAAGAAAGUGGGAGGCUGAUGAGUCAGUCAUGCGCCAUAUGCUUUCAACAUUCAAGGAUCCACAAGAUCCUCUCUGGCUUGCUCUUUUCCCAGAAGGCACUGAUUUCACUGAGCAAAAGUGCCUUCGGAGUCAAAAAUAUGCUGCUGAACAUGGUCUACCGAUUCUGAAAAAUGUUUUACUUCCAAAGACAAAGGGCUUCUGCGCCUGCUUGCAACAGUUGAGGGGCUCUCUCAAUGCAGUUUAUGACGUGACAAUCGGCUACAAAUACCGCUGCCCAUCUUUCUUGGACAAUGUCUUUGGGGUGGAUCCUUCUGAAGUUCAUCUGCAUAUCUGCCGCAUCCCCCUUGAUAGUAUCCCAGUAUCUGAAGACGAAAUUUCCUUGUGGUUGGUAAAAAGAUUCCAGUUGAAGGAUCGGUUACUUUCCAAUUUUCAAACUCAAGGUCAGUUUCCGGAUCAGGCAACAGAAAGGGAUCUCUCUGCUGUGAAGGGCAUUUUAAAUUGUAUGACAAUUGUUACAUUGACAGGUACAUGCAUGUACUACAGUUUUUCCUCUCUCUGGUUUAAACUUUAUGUGUCUCUAGUCUGUGCUUAUUUGGUUCCAGCCACAUAUUUCAAUAUUCGGCCACAGCCUAUUCUUAGCUUUUUGAAGAUGAGAUCAAAUUGUCACAUCUCAAAUACUUGAAUAGGUGGAACUUUGAAGGCACUGUCUAUUGGAGAUCCAUGUCUUACUGUUGUUAUUAUAGUGUAAGUAUUGGACUUGCUAUUACAUGCAAUUAUAUCUAUUGUUUAAAGAGUUGUCCUGAUAAAUUUUAUAAAAUGGUUUCGGUUCAUCGAA